GUUUCAUUCGAGAAGCGACCUUGAGAGGAACAACCCGCCAAAAUGUCUGACGUCGAAUACAACGCCGAGGAGGCUGCCGAGAUCAAGAAGAGAAGACAGUUCCGCAAGUUUACCUACCGCGGAAUCGACCUCGACCAGCUCCUCGACCUCUCCUCCGAACAGCUCCGUGAUGUCGUUCACGCUCGUGCCCGCAGACGCUUCAACCGCGGUCUGAAGCGCAAGCCCAUGGGCCUCAUCAAGAAGCUUCGCAAGGCCAAGCAGGAGGCCAAGCCCAACGAGAAGCCCGACCUCGUCAAGACUCACCUUCGUGACAUGAUCGUCGUCCCCGAGAUGAUCGGCUCCGUCAUUGGUAUCUACUCCGGUAAGGAGUUCAACCAGAUCGAAGUCAAGCCUGAGAUGGUUGGUCACUACCUCGGUGAAUUCUCUAUCUCUUACAAGCCCGUCAAGCACGGUCGUCCCGGUAUUGGUGCCACCCACUCUUCUCGUUUCAUUCCCCUCAAGUAAAGAAGAAAAGCUUUACUUGGUUGUUGCGUGGAGGAUUUGGGCGUACAGGAGAACAAAAAUCAAAAUACGAGAGGAUCGGAUGGAUACCAUUUGCGUUUGAAUAGGGUUCAUCUGCUUGUAUGUCAAGUGCGGGUCAGCUUUUGCAUCUCAAUACAAUGGUCUUGUCGGCAUGAAAA